CGAACAUCAAGAUUACAGCACUUUGAUCUCAGCCGGCUGGCAGAAGAACGAAGAUUCCGAUCAGCCUGGAUUAUCACACCAAGAUAAGAUAUGAGUGCUCGAAAUACCUAUAAAGUACCUAUUCGAGAUACAGUCCACUCUGUUUCUUCUCAAGUGCGAGGCUAUAUGACAACCAAGACUUCAACCAGUAAUGAUGGAUCCAGAUCAGAUCAAGAGACCUUCAGAGAGCUGCUUGCAUAUAAGCAAUCACUUCAAAUGGAAUUGAAACACUAUGAAUCUAAUACUAAAUAUAAUGAUGAUGUCAUGAAUGAAACUGACAGUUACGAAAGUUGUGGAGUUAUUCCCGCAAAUACAAAGCUCCAAAUUACUAUCAAUACCAACGACAAAACUGAAACGCCCUUCAUAGAAAUUUAUUUAUCGACAAAUAAUUCAACAAUAAUCAGAUCCACAACGAUAUUUGCUGAAGGAAUCUUUGAAACAGGUGAAACUCAAGUUAUCCAUCCUCCACUAACGAAACUCAGCUCUGAAUUGACUAUACCAAUAUUCAUGGGGAAAGAUAAUCCUGUGGAUAUCCAUCUCAAGGCAUUUGUUGGAUAUCCGAAUAGUACACAAUUUCACGUUUACGAAAUAACCAGGCAAAUCCCCAAAUUUUCUAUGUAUUCCUUGAAGAGGAUAGAUACUCAAGAAAGACCUGAUAGUUAUGUCCAGUUCAAGCUGAAUGAACGAUUGCAGAGAAUCUGCAUGUGGAUUAAUCAGAAUUUCCUGUUCCCUGCGGAUAUAGUACUCGACACGCAGCCAAAUUCAACUCUGAAUCUGAAAUGCCUUCGAGAUAAUAAUGACCUGGUAAUGAUCUUCGAGAUAUCAGGUAGAGUGUCUAUACAUACGAACAAUCUACUCUUGGCUGCAGAUUUGGUGCAAUCUUUG